UAUUGGAUUUAAGAGUGUUAGUUAUUUGCUGCCACCUACUGGUAGUAUUAGCUUAGCUCACUGAGCAGGCGCAGUCUUCCGUGUAUGUGAUGCGGGAACAAUAAAGAAACUUUUGUUGAACCAGAGCACCGUGUCCGUAUAUAUAUAUAGAUAUAUGUAUAACUAAAUAAUAAUAUUAAUGUUAUUAGACAUAACAUAAAGUGGCGACGAGGAUUCGUUUUAAGUUACUGGACAGCUGCCGGCAAUAAUUGAUUCGCUACAGUUUGUCUAAAUAACUUUCAAUACCCAGACGAGUGACGACGGCUACAUACAGAAGGAAGAAAUGGCGGCAAUCAUAGGACGACUCGACUGCUUCGAUGAAAAUACAGAAGACUGGAACACUUACAUCGAACGUUUUGAACACUUCCUCACAGCAAACGACAUACCAGCAGAAAGGCGAGUAGCGGCUUUAUUAAGUGUGAUUGGGGGUAAGACAUACAGCCUGUUAAGGAGUUUAAUAGCGCCCGAAAAGCCUGGUGCUAAAAGCUAUAAUGAAAUAGUACAAACACUGCAGGAACAUUUUUCCCCUAAACCUCUGGUAAUAGCCGAAAGGUUUCGUUUUCACAGACGUAAUCAAGAAGAGGGUGAGUCUGUGGUGCAGUAUAUAGCAGUGCUAAAAAAAUUAACAGAGCACUGUGAGUUUGGCACACAUCUUAAUGAUACAUUAAGAGAUAGAUUGGUAUGUGGCUUGAGAAAGGAAGCGAUCCAGAAACGUCUUUUAUCUGAAGCUGAAUUGACGUUCAAAAAAGCAGCAGAGAUUGCUGUAUCAAUGGAGACGGCUGCUAGAGAAUCUCAACAACUAAACGCUCCGCCUAAUAUAAAUAAGCUCACGUUGACACGGAGAAGCAAGUCGGUUAAUAAUUGCUGGCGUUGCGGGAAGGAUACCCACAGCGAAAUGGAGUGCUGGUUUAAAGAAAAGGAUUGUCGUUGUUGUGGCAAGAAGGGUCACAUAGAACGCGUUUGUAGAAUGAAAAAGCAUGAAAAGGGGAACGCGCAUAGUAGCAAGCUGAGGAAGAAAAGUGUGCAGUACGUGGAAGUAAAUGAGUCAAGUGAUGAUGCUGAUACAGAUACCGAAUUGGCUUUGAAUGUGCUUACUCUUAAAGGUGAAACGGCCAAUAUUUGGGUCACACCAGAAAUUGAGGGAAACCCUUUGAAAAUGGAACUGGAUACUGGUGCUGCAGUGUCCUUGAUAUCAAAGAAAAUGUAUGUAGACAAGUUAAGUAAUUUUCCCUUGCAACAUACGAACCUAGUGUUGAAAACUUAUACUGGAGAAGCAGUUUUGCCCAGUGGAAAAAUUAAUGUACAGGUGAAACUCAAUGGUCAGAUGGAGCUACUGCAGCUAUAUGUUGUUGAGGGUGAUUACCCACCUUUGUUUGGUAGGGAAUGGAUUAAGAAAAUGAAUCUUAACUGGCAGGAAAUAAAAUCCUUAACUCAGCCAAGCAAUUUGGAAGCAGUUCUGAUUAAGCAUAGCUCUGUAUUCAGAAAGGAACUUGGCACAAUGAAGGGAAUUGAGGCAAAGAUAAUUGUGAAACCUGACAGCAAACCAAAGUUUUGCCAAAAACGCAUGGUACCAUAUGCAAUCAAACCCAAAGUGGAUGCUGAAUUGACCCGAUUGCUAGAAAAUGGAGUAGUGUCACCAGUGCAAUUCAGUGAUUGGGCAACACCGAUUGUACCUGUUAUCAAGAAGGAUGGCACCGUGAGGCUAUGUGGUGACUUCAAGGUUACGGUAAACCCUGCUCUGUGUAUUGAACAGUACCCAAUCCCACGCAUCGAAGAUUUGUUUGCUUCUCUAGCGGGAGGUCAGUGCUUCAGUAAGUUGGAUUUGUCCAACGCCUACUUGCAAAUGACGGUGGAAGAGCAAUCUAGAAAGUACCUGACUAUUACAACACAGAAAGGUCUGUACUGUUACAACCGCUUACCUUUUGGUAUUGCUUCAGCUCCUGCAUUGUUCCAGAGGGCCAUGGACCAAAUAUUACAGGGACUGUCUGGUGUUCAUUGCUACCUUGAUGAUAUACUGGUCACAGGUAGAAAUGAGAUUGAACAUCUUAACAAUCUGGAUGCUGUUUUGCAACACCUGGAAGAGUAUGGCCUGCGUGUUCAGAAGGACAAGUGUGAGUUUUUUAAACAAUCAUUGGAGUAUCUGGGACACAUCAUUGAUGCUACGGGCUUACACAAGUCACCUGGAAAGGUUAAAGCUAUCGUGGAUGCGCCUGCACCAGAAAAUGUAAGCCAGUUGCGAUCAUUUCUAGGACUGUUAAACUAUUACAGUAGGUUUAUACCUAACCUAGCAACCAUUCUGAGUCCACUAAAUGCGUUAUUGUGUCAAGGAAAGCAAUGGCAGUGGACUAAGGACUGUGAAAAGUCAUUUAAGAUGGCUAAGGAACAGUUAGUGUCAUCAGAGGUUUUAACUCACUUUGAUGGAAACCUUCCAAUUACCCUUGCUUGCGAUGCUUCACCAUAUGGAGUGGGGGCGGUUAUUUCUCAUGUCCUUCCUGGUGGAGAAGAAAGACCAAUUGCGUUUGCAUCCAGGACUCUCAGUAAGGCUGAGCAGAAGUAUGCACAAAUCGAGAAGGAGGCUCUUGGAAUAGUAUUCGGUGUACGGAAAUUCCACCAAUACUUAUAUGGCAGGAAGUUCACAUUAUUCACAGACCACCGACCCCUCACAACCAUUUUUGGUCCAAAGAAGGGAAUUCCAUCAUUAGCGGCAGCCAGACUGCAACGUUGGGCUUUACUGUUAUCUGCCCAUACAUACGACAUUGAAUACAGGAAAGGCUCCGAUAUUGGGAAUGCUGAUGGACUGUCAAGAUUACCAUUGAAGGUGACACAUAAAGACAAACCUGACACAGUCGACGUGUUUUAUUGCAACCAAAUGGAACAGCUACCAGUGAAAUGUGCUGAAGUGAGAAAAGAAACUAGAACUGACCCUACACUGUCUCAGAUUCUAGAGCAAGUCUUAAAAGGCGGGCUAGAAGCCAACCCUGCUGUAAAGACGCCAUUCUACGCAAGGCGCCAUGAACUGUCUGUGUACCAAGGGUGCUUAAUGUGGGGUAUCCGUGUUGUCAUACCUGCAAAGUUAAGAAGCAGAGUAUUGGAUAUGCUACAUGAAGGACAUUCUGGAGUAGUCAGAAUGAAGGCCAUAGCAAGGAGUUACAUCUGGUGGCCUGGAAUAGACACACAAAUUGAGGAGAAGGCAAAAUCUUGUACAUCAUGUCAACGUGUCCAGAAUAUGCCAAGUCGUGCACCACUCCACCCAUGGGUAUGGCCAGGUAGACCAUGGCAACGUAUUCACAUUGAUUUUGCAGGUCCUUUUAACGGACAAAUGUUUCUCAUCGUGGUGGAUGCUCACUCGAAGUGGCCUGAAGUUUUCAUACUGGAAUCCACCACUGCGGCGAAGACUAUUCAGGUUCUGAGAGGACUAUUCAGUCACUACGGUAUUCCAGAGCAGCUUGUAAGUGACAAUGGCCCACAGUUCAUCUCUAGCGAAUUUGAAGCAUUCUUGAAAAUGAAUGGCGUAAAACAUAUCAGGUCUACCCCAUACCAUCCAGCAACGAAUGGUUUGGCUGAACGCUUUGUUCAAACCAUGAAGCAUGCACUCAAGUCAGCGAAGGAAAGUGCAACUACUAGUAAAAAACUAGAUAAUUUUUUACUUGUGUAUAGAAAUACUCCUCAUGCAACAACAGAUGAAUCUCCAGCAAUGUUGUUUUUGAAACGCAAGCUGCGCACACGAUUGGAUCUGCUAAAACCAGACAUGUCUUUACAUGUUGAAAAGAAUCAGGGGUUGCAAAUAGCACAACGACAAAACAGUGCGAAGGACAGACAAUUUCAAGUCGGUCAGGCAGUGCUGGCACGGGAAUAUCGUAAGGGAGAUAAAUGGAUUCCAGGAGUUGUUACUGCCAAAACUGGACCUGUCUCAUACACUGUGGAUGUUGGACCUGGAAUGUCUUGGAGACGUCAUGCUGACCAGCUACUGGAUUGUGUUGGCACCCAUCUGAAUGAAGAUCCUGCAGCAGAAAUAUUACCAACCCUGACAGAGCCUAUUGAGGUUUACACAGCAUGUUCACCAACUGCAAACACAACUUCCAAGGGGGUCAUUGAGGCUGAAACCAAUGCUAAAGAACCUUUGUUUCCACCUUCAACGAACCAAGAUGUACACAUGGCAGAACCGUCACCAAAUGCUGUCGAGAGACGCUAUCCUGUUCGGAGUAGGAAAGCUCCCAACCAUUUGACUUUUUAAUUAUCGGUACAGCGUAAAUAAAUAAAUAGUAAAACAACAAAGGCUUUCAUGUUAAAAUAGUUCAGUAGUGUAUAGAGAGCAAGCCAGAAGAAGGGGGCAGAAUAAUCCCCUGGCUAGCUUGAGGCAUGAGGCAGUCCACCCUCUACCUCUAGUUAUGUAGAUGAUUCAAUUUGUGACAACAACAUUUAACAGGAAGGAAAUGUUAUGUAUUGGAUUUAAGAGUGUUAGUUAUUUGCUGCCACCUACUGGUAGUAUUAGCUUAGCUCACUGAGCAGGCGCAGUCUUCCGUGUAUGUGAUGCGGGAACAAUAAAGAAACUUUUGUUGAACCAGAGCACCGUGUCCGUAUAUAUAUAUAGAUAUAUGUAUAACUAAAUAAUAAUAUUAAUGUUAUUAGACAUAACAAUAACAGCAAAGGAUAUGACAAUACUGAAGAGGU